UUGAGUAUUUUUUAAGAUAUUCAGCCAAAAAUCCUGCUAUAACCUUGUUGCGCUCUCUCUCUCUCUCUCUGAAUAAAAACCCUUGCCGGGAUAAGGUUCCUUGGUAGCAAAGGGAAAAAAAAUUAAGAAACGGCAUUAUUAUUACUGCAACUGCUCCUACUAAAGUGUCAUUUACAUGUCAUAACGAGCACGUCUCUUUAGAUGGUUUUUCUUCACUCGUUAGUAUUGUUGUUAGAAUUAGCAUUACAAUUUUGUGUCCACACACUUAUUAAAUAUCACUGUUCUUUUUGUCCAUUUUGCUAUGCAUAACCUUCUUUUUUUGUCGAAGCUACAUAUAAAACCUCACUUUGGUCACAAAAGAUAAUAUACCGCUUGUCAAAGAUCUAAAAGAAUGUACAAAUUUCUAUUUUAACUUUUUUUUUUUUGCUCAUAAAAGACAAAUUCCCUGAACACUGGUUUUCAAUUUGUAGCAAGAAGAUUUUUCAACAACCCUAGUUGUUUAAUGUGAGACUGCUCAAUUUUUUUUCCUGCUGAAAUAAUAAGAAGAAAAAUCUUUUGAUUUAGUUUUUGGUCGGAAAAAAAAAAUCCUUUGAUUUAGAAGCCUAAAAAAAAUGGCGUUAUUAUUGGGCCUAUUGUAAAUAUCCGCAAUAUUUAGGUGGGCCGUCGUCCUCCUCCUCCUCGUCCGCCCUACACUCAGCGCCCCCCUUGUUGCUCUGGCUUCUGGUUGUCGCAAUUCCCACUUGUUCAUCCAAGUUACCGGUUCAAGCGUCCUCCUUGAAACCCGCACCAACAACCACCAUCCGCCGUCGUCCUAGUUCGGCCCAUCCCUCGCUGCUUCUGCUGUAGCCGCUCGCUGGUGUCGCUCCUUGUCCCCACAAUUCCGGCGCAGCUGCUCGCGGUGUUGUUAUCACUUCAUUGGUGACCCCGAUUUGAGUUGAAUCGGCACCAAGCCCUGCCCUUGUCUUUGACACCUCAAGUUGGCCACACUUCACCGACCCCCAUUGUUGUCGAGUAAAGGUUUGGACGGCAGAAAUGCAAGGAAUGUGGACCUUUUCAUUGAAGGCAAGCUCGAUCGGAAGAGCAGAUGUGAAACACAUCUGUUUAGCAAAUGCCCGACUUGUGUUUUCGCGCUUCCCAUCUAACACACAAAUGGAAGAAUAUGGAUAUGAUAGCACAAUGAUUGCUGAUAUUCAGAAAGCAAAAGGUAAAUGUGCAGCUGGCUCCUGGCUUUCGUGCGUUGCAGAUGACACUGCAUAUGAUGUUGCGAAGUUGAUGUCACAUCAUAAUGCUGCAGCCUUGGUCGUGAAGUCCAGAGAACUGAAGUCUAUUGCAGGAACCAUAACCAAGACAGGGUCAAUGCUUGGUGGUGGCUUUGUCAGUGCCAGUUUGUGUCCAAAGUGCCCUAAAUUUACUCAUUCCACCAGAGGUUUUUGCACCCUUGUCAAUGAUGAGUCACUACAUACUAGUCCACACAUGGAUGUGAGAAGGGUUCAUUCUGACAAGUUUAACCUUAUACAUGGCAAAGUUCAACCAAUAGACUUUACCAAAGUUGAUAUUAAUGAUCUUCCAACUUUUAUCAUAGUCGGACGACCAAAUGUGGGCAAAUCGGCAUUGUUCAACCGUUUGAUUCGGAGGAGGGAGGCUCUUGUGUAUAACACUCCGGAGGACCAUGUGACAAGAGAUAUACGAGAAGGUAUUGCCAAGUUGAGUGAUCUAAGAUUUAGAGUGUUGGACUCUGCUGGUUUGGAGAUGGCUGCAUCUUCUGGCUCAAUCCUGGACAGAACUGCAGCGAUGAUUGCGAAGGUUCUUGCUAGAUCCCAGUUUGCCAUCUUUCUGAUAGAUGCUAGAGUUGGUUUGCACCCUUUGGAUUUGGAAGUUGGGAGGUGGCUGCGGAAACAUGCGCCUGGGAUGAAACCUAUAGUUGUAAUGAAUAAAUCGGAAUCACUGGAUGAUGAUAAUGGCUCUCUUGCUGUUUUAGCUGCAGAAGCCAGCAGACUGGGGUUUGGCGAUCCUAUUGCUAUAUCUGCUGAGACUGGUUUAGGCAUGGCAGAACUAUAUCUAGCUCUUAGGCCUCUUCUUGAGGAUUAUAUGAUUGGUGUUCUGAAUGACCGUGACAGUGCUUCUAAUGAGAAAAGUUGUUCCAAAUCCAAUGAGGUUGAGGAGUCUAAGUUGCCUCUCCAGCUUGCAAUAGUUGGGAGACCUAAUGUUGGAAAGUCUACAUUGUUGAAUACUUUGUUACAAGAAGAUCGCGUUCUGGUUGGUCCAGAAGCUGGUCUAACAAGAGAUUCAGUUAGGGCUCAUUUUCAAUUUCAAGGCAGAAAUAUCUAUCUGGUUGACACAGCAGGCUGGUUGCAAAGGACAAAGCAAGAAAAGGGACCAUCUUCCUUGAGCAUCAUACAGUCCAGAAAGAAUCUUAUGCGUGCUCAUGUGGUAGCUUUAGUCCUUGAUGCAGAAGAGAUUGCUGGAGCACAACGAAGCAUGAAACAUGCCGAAGUGGUAAUAGCCAGACAAGCUGUAGAAGAAGGACGUGGGUUGGUUGUGAUUGUCAACAAGAUGGAUGUCCUUAGAGGGAAGAAGGACUCGAUGUUGUAUGAAGAGGUGAUGAAAGCUGUUCCAGAAGAAAUCCAAACUUUGAUUCCCCAGGUGAAGUCUAUACCUGUUGUUUUCAUAUCUGCAUUAGAGGGUAGGGGCAGGAUGGCUGUCAUACACCAGGUCGUUGACGCGUAUGAGAAAUGGUGUCUAAGACUGCCAACAGCUCGUCUUAACCAUUGGUUGCAUAAGGUUAUAAGCAGGCACUCUUGGAAAAAUCAGGCUGCCCAGCCCAAGAUCAAGUACUUCACUCAGGUGAAAGCCAGGCCACCCACUUUUGUCGCCUUUGUCAGUGGGAAGACACAGCUCUCAAACACGCACCUCAGGUUUUUAACGAGGUCGUUGGAGGAAGACUUUGAAUUAGGUGGAAUUCCAAUCAGGAUCAUACAGCGGUCAUUUUUAAAAAGAGAUGGCUGUAGCUGUAGAAUUAGUAGCCAAUCUUCAAGCAAAAUGGCAGAAAGAAUCUCGUCUGAUAAGAGGGCAGCUGCUGUUUAGGGAAUAACAAUUAUCUUAGUUUGAGAAUGUGUGAAUAGCACCUACCUUCUUAAUCCCAAUAACAUUGGGUUUAAGGAGAUAAUGUAAGCAGGUGCCGGAGUAGAAAGUGAAAAAAAAAAAUGCUAUGUAAUCUUACUGGCUGGUGGAGUUGAUCUUAGAAGACAAUAGCCAUAUGUACAGAAUUUUGUCAGAUAUUAUGAAAGGAAUUUUGUUGGGAUAUCA